ACAGCACAUGGCAUAUCUAGAUGAGUAAUACCGUCAACAACCAAUGUCGGGAUUCCAAUUUAUUGUUUGUCACCGCCUUAGUCAUCCGGCAAGCGCCGAAAAUGGAAAUGUCUGGGACAACAUGCCGUCAUUGGCACACCCACGCGGGGGCAGUUAUUCAAAAAACUGAAAUGCCAAGUCAGCUGCGAUCAAGAAAAAUACCUGGUAGAGCUGAUGUUGGAGCUUCAACCUCAAAAGUUGUUGCCAAGAAGAUAAAGAAACCAGAGAGGUCUUCAAAAAAGAAAGAAAAGAAAGCACAUAAACCUGUUGCAGGAAAGCUAUCCAAAAAGCCUAAGGCAAGCAAUGGAAACAAGAAUAAAAAUAAUGACCCUGGAAGUUUUGGAGGAAAGGAAAAAAUCAGGCAGCAAGUUAGUUUGAAAGAUAAACUCAGUAAAGAUAAUGAUGACAAUGAUGGAAUAAAACGCAGAACAGCAAGGCAAUGUAAAGUAGAAGCACAAACAAAUAUAAAGCUGUUGUCUUCCCCAGGUGGAUUAUUUAAAGAAAGCAAAGUCAUCACUGACUCACCUAAACUUACACUUUCUAGAACUCAAAAAGUGAGUGGAAAUGAUCCAGGUAAAACAAACUGUGUGAAUAGUAAAACCCCAGUUAAAAAAAUACUGAGUAGUUGUAAAGAUGGCGAUAAAACCACAUUCUUACAAACUGAUAAGGGUUCAGAACAAGCAAAAGCCAAAACUUUAAGCAAGGCCAGUAACGAGACACCCAAAAGUAGACUUACCAGAAGUUCUGUGAAAGAAAAAGAAAUUGUUAAACCAAAAGGCAAGAGCCUGUAUGAAGAAUUACUUGAAUUGGAGAAGGGCACCGUGAGAAAGUUGAGACAACGGGUUCCACCAGUGAAAAGGCACCAUUCAGCCAGCAGGUCAAGCGAUGAGGAUGAAGCAAAUGGUCUCAUUAAUAAAGCAAUAGGGCUUUCUGCUAGGAGACCAAAAAUUGCAAGGAAAGACAUUGCAUCAAAACCAAAGUCCUCACAUACCAGUCAACUGAAAACAAUUACCUCUAAAACAAAGUUCAAACAGUCUUUUCAGGAGUCAAAUUCAGAAGAUUCAAGUGAGGAGGAAAGUGAUGUUGAUGCCAUUGAGAAUGAUGAUGGAGACAGACAUUUAGAGGAUUCAUCUGGUGAUAGUUCUGAAGAAGAAGACAUUAGUGUUAUAAAAACCUUGUCGGUUGAAGAAGUGGAAAAAGAACGAAAAGCUGAAGAAGAACAGAAGAAAAAAGAAGAGCAGGUGGAUGAGGUCAAGCGACUGAAAAAUGUUUUGAUAUGGAAGCAAGAGCAGUUAGUGGAUCUGCGACAAGUUCAAAGACAAAAUACAGUGUUGGAAAAGAAAAUUGCACAACUUACAAAAUCUAAUAGCAGUCAGGUAAUAGAUAACAACCCAGAAGUGGUGCUGCGACCUUUGACAUUACCAGAAUGCAGUGACGACCCCUUAGAAUCACAGAUUACCAAGUUUAAGGAUUCAAUUAAACAAAUAGAAAGUGAAAUGACUGCCUUGGAGUCUGCAGUUGAAGUGAACAUGGAACUGGAAUCCAGGCUGAGGGAGCUGCAGCAUUCCAAGGAGAGAGAACAGUACUAUGAAAAGGAAGAGGAAAGGAAAAAGAAAAAUGAGGAGGUUCAGAAGCAGACAGAAAAGGCCUUGCUCCAGUUGCAACAAGAAAAUGAGAAGUUGCAAGAAAUGGUGAAAAAAGCCAGAGAGGAUCAGUGGAAGAAUGAGCAGGAUAGGAUGAAAAAUGAGACUACUACACUAAACACAGUCAAUGGCAUGCUAGAGGGAAUGCUUAAAAAUCUUAUGAAAGGAAUUGGAACACAGGUAGCAUCCCAGAACACAGCAUUCCCUGGCACCUCAAUGACUGCAUCUGGGAGUGGAGCCCCUCAACAACCUCCAGGCCCAGGGUUUUCUUCUGGUUCAGCAUUCUUUCCUGGCUAUGGCUGGAUUGGGUCAAAUUCCCUUCCCCCUGGUCAGGCUUUGGCUCAGAUGGCAGACAUGCUAGCUGCUCAUACCUUAGCCAAUGCUAAGGGGCAGACAAUUAAUCAGACUAGGCUUCCAGGACAGCCUCCAUCUUCAGCAGCAAGAUUUCAUAUCUCAGCACCCACAUCAUCAGCCAAACCAGCAACAUUAGUGUCAGUGGCAGAAUCAGUUUCUUCCUCGACAUCAUCUACUUUGUCACAGAGUCAAAAAGCACAGCAGCCUGCCAUUGUUGAUUUGACACAGUCACCAGUAUUAUCCUCAGUCCCAUUAACAAACAAUGUAGCUUCCCAGCAACUCUCAGCAUUAAGUGCCAGCCAGGCACCUAUACCAAAUGUAGACAGGUCUAGGUUGUAUUUUACUACCACUGGUUCUCUGUGUAACACAAGCAAACUCAAUGAAUUGGCCAGUAAAACUGCAGAUUCCAAAGGGAAGGGUGAGAUGAAAACAAAGGGCUCCGAGGAUUCUUCAUUAACUAAGGUGGAUGGUAUCAAAUCUUGUAAUAUCCCUAAGACUUCGGUUAGCAACAAAAAUCAGGAUGCUAUCAAGGAUCCUGUCAAGGAGAAAAUGGAAAAAGAUGAGGCUGAGAAGACUUCAGGUAAUGAUAUAUCUAAAGAUUCUGAUAUAGAAAUCCUUGACACAUCAGCAGAAAGCUCAUCAUCGGAGAAGGGCAACAAGAAAUCCAACAAAGGUAAAAAGGGAUCCGUGUCUAAAGAGAAACAAAAGGGCAAAAAGAAAAUGGAGAUCAAAGGAAGUAAAGGUAAACAAAAGAAAGAAGCAUCAUCAACAACAAAGAGGUCUCUCAGAGGAUCAAAAACACAUGAAAAGAAAGUUGAAAGUGAUAAUGAAAGUGAAAUUGACACAAGAGAUGAUGGAGAUAUUAUAGUUGUGAGCAGUGAGGAAGAAGAGGAGAAAAAAAUAGCAAAUGGGAAAAGGAAGAAAAGAUCACCUAUGAGGACAACCAAAAGGAGAACCAGGAGCAGAAAAGAUGAGUCAGAAGAAAGUGAGAGUGGGGCAGAAGCUGAUGAUGAUGAAGCAGAUGAUGAUGAGGAAUCUGUAGAAGGAGGGAAAAAAGGAAAGAAAAAGAAAAAUAAGAAAGAAGAUGGCACACCUGGGCAGUACAAGAGGAGGGAUAUCCAGCGUCUUUUUAAGAGGAGCAAACUGAAGAAGGAGACAUUGGAGGCCGAGAAAGCAGAAAAAGAAAGACUCAAGAGAGUUGAAGAGAUUAAGAAAAAGCACCAUGUGGUCCAAGUCCCAGAUCCCAAGUCCCCCAAUAAAUGUCCAGUGACCACCAAGCUAGUGCUGGAAAUGGAUGCCAAUGGAAAGCCUGUAAUUGAAGUGAACAGCAAACUGGCAAAGAAGCUCAAACCACAUCAAGUAGAAGCUGUAGAGUUUCAGUGGGACUGCUGCAUAGAGACCCUGGACACAUUGAAGAAGGAAGAAGGCAGUGGUUGUAUUCUGGCACAUUGUAUGGGAUUAGGGAAGACUUUGUCUGCAAUAACACUAGUCCACACACUGUUAUCUAACAAGGUGACAGGGUUGAAGACCUGCCUCGUGGUGUGUCCUUUGAACACAGUGCUGAAUUGGAAGCAUGAGCUGAAUUACUGGCUAGACAAAAAGGAUAGGCUGAAGGUGUACGAGAUUGUCAGCGUAAAAGUCAACAAGGAAAGAUCUGAGUUGCUGAAGAAAUGGCAUAAUGGUGGAGGAGUCAUGAUCAUUGGAUAUCAGAUGUUCCGUAUUCUGUCUCAUUCACAUACAAAAAGUAAAGUGCAGAAGGAGAUCUUCACGACUACACUUUUGGAUCCAGGUCCUGAUAUUGUGAUCUGUGAUGAAGGUCACAUGCUGAAGAAUGACAGCUCUGCCAUUUCUAAAGCCAUGAAUAAAAUCAGAACUUUGAGAAGGGUAAUACUUACAGGGACUCCACUUCAGAAUAAUCUUUCUGAGUACCAUUGCAUGGUGAAUUUUGUCAAGCCUAAUCUCUUGGGUACUCGCAAAGAAUUCUCUAAUAGGUUUAUCAAUCCCAUCACAAAUGGACAGUGCUCUGACUCCACUCCGUUAGAUGUGAAACUGAUGAAGAAGAGGUCUCAUGUUCUACAUGAAAUGCUGUCUGGGUGUGUGCAGAGAAGAGACUAUUCUGCCCUUACCAAGUAUCUUCCAGAAAAGUAUGAGUACAUACUGUCUGUCCGUCUGUCCCCCAUUCAGAUGACAUUAUACCAAGAAUAUCUGAAGCGCACAGGUCGCAGUGAAGCCGUGCCUAAAAACUUUUUCACUGGUGCUAGCCUGUUCCAGGACUACCAUCACCUGCACAGGAUUUGGACACACCCAUGGGUACUGAGGCUGGAGCAGAUCAGGCAGGAGAACAGGAUGGUUGAUGAUGGUGCUAGUUCAUUUGCUGAGAGCAGUGAAGAUGAGGAAUCUGAAGAAGAGAUUUUAGAGGAGGUGGAGUCGACAACAUCCCCUAGUGACAUCUCCUCUGAAUCUGCCAUGUCAUUAUCAGAAUCUGAAAGUGAAGUUUCCAAAGAAGGCAGCCAGAAGAAUAAGAAGUCACAAGGAAAAGUCUCUAAGGGUAGCAGAGAGAAAAAUAGGAAAGAAGCCCUUUUGAAAGGCAAAGGAAGGACUGAAAAGGAUGUAAGUAAGGAGGACACCAAGUUAAGUAAAGGAACAAGAAGCUCCUCAGUUCUUUCUGAAAACAAAAAGUCUUCCAAGCAAGUGCCAAAGAAGAAAGAUGAAGACAAAGAGAUCAAGUUUAGGGACCUAGAUGAUGAGCUGAGGACAAGAAUACAUGGGGAAUAUGUGAGAGGAUGGAAGUCACUAAGAAGAGGAGGAAAAGAGUUCAUAGAAGAGGCACCAAAGGAGCGUGAAAAGGAGUGGUGGGAGGAAUAUAUCAGAGAAGAAGACCAGCAUGACCCAGCAUUGAGUGGGAAGCUAAUGCUGCUGUUUGAUAUCAUCAGGAUGGCUGAAGCAGUUGGGGACAAGGUGCUUGUCUUUAGUCAGAGUCUACUGUCUCUGGAUCUGAUAGAACAGUUCCUGGCACGCAUAAAUGAGCAGGCAAAGGCAGGAACCAACCUGAAGAAGUCAAAAAAGAAGCUGAAUCCAUUGUAUAAUACGUGGACCAAAAAUGAAGACUACUUUAGAAUUGAUGGCUCAACGGUUGCCCAACACAGACAGAAGUAUAUGGGAGACUUCCAGGACCACAAAAAUACAAAGGGCCGUCUAUUCCUGAUCUCCACCAAGGCAGGUUCCCUGGGGAUCAACCUGGAGGCUGCCAACCGUGUGGUAAUAUUUGAUGCCUCCUGGAACCCAUCCCAUGACAUCCAGUCCAUAUUCAGGGUCUACAGAUUUGGGCAGGAAAAACCAGUGUUUGUUUAUCGAUUUCUGGCACAGGGCACAAUGGAAGAAAAAAUCUACCAGCGUCAAGUUUCCAAGCAAUCUUUGGCUCAAAGAGUAGUUGAUGAACAACAAAUAGAGAGGCACUUUUCUGCUGCUGAUUUGGCAGAGUUGUACAGCUUCAAGCCUGAGAGACUGGACGAUCCAGAGAGGAAAAAGAAACCAACUCCCAAGCUGCCAAAAGAUAAAAUUUUAGCCGAACUUCUCAGUACUCGACAAGACUGGCUGGUUGGCUACCAUGAGCAUGACUCCCUGCUGCAGAAUAUAGAGGAAGAAACAUUGACAGAGGAGGAACGCAAGACAGCAUGGGAAGAGUACGAAAAUGAAAAGCAGGGAAUUUUUACACAUCUGGGACCAGCAUUUGCUCCACCGCCACCCCCUAUGCAGUUCAAAUUCAUGUAUCCAAGACCUCAGUCACAGCCUUAUCGUAACCUUGCCCCUAGACCAGCUCAUCCACCCUCUCUGGGGGGCAGGCCACCCAGUCUAGCAUCAUUCCCAAAUUUGAACCAGCAGUUGACCCUGGGCAUCAACCAACAUCUGCCCCCUGGCGUGCCUCUAACCCCACAGUUUCAUCAGCAACUACAGAGGCAGCUGCCCAAUGUCAUACAGGCUAUUCUAAAGACUAACCCCGGUGUGUCAAUUGAUGAGUUGCAGAGACGUCUGCAGCAGUUUCUGAAAACUCAGCUCAUGUAUCACUUCCAGGCCAUCCUCAAGCAGCAAGGGUUCCCGUAUAAAAAGCUCCCUACUGGUGCAGAACAAGCCCAGGCCCAGCAGGUACAGGCUCAACAACAACAAGCCCAAGCCCAAACCCACCAGGCUCAGGCAGGCAGCACACCUCCAGCCACUCUUCCCUUCAUGCCCUCACUUCUGCCCAAUCCUGUGGUCAACCUCACCCAAACUACAGAAGAGAGGGGGUCCACCUCUUUGUCCACCAGUAUUCCAUCAGCCACAGGGAGUGGUCAGUCCAUGGUGGUCAAGGCUCAGGUCCAUGCAAAUGGGACUGGUGACCAGCCUUGAAGUAAAAUAAAUUCCAUUUAGUGUAGGGAAGUCUGGUAACUUUCAACAGAGAAAACAUAUGUAAGAUUUGAAGAGAUAUCAAUUUAUGAAUCUGUCACAUAGAAUGUAAAUGUCAUCUGGUUCAUUGCAUGUAGAAAACUGGUGGCAGAAAGUGUUGUGAAAUUAAUUAUGAACAUGUGACAAGACCAAAUGUUGAUCAUUUAAGGCAUAAGAGUGGACUUGUUUUUCAUCUUUUUCAUGUGUGCUGAUUUAAUAAUGUUAAGUAAGAUUUUAUAAAUACUUUGAAGGAAUUUUUUUCCAUUUUACUAUCAAAGGUGAUGGUUAUUUUUCAUAAACUGGUGGUUAAAUGUUUUUGGCAAGUUGUUUGAUAUGUAUUUAUUGCAUUUUAUAAAUGUCAAUUCUUGUAAAAGGUUUACUUAUCUGAUAAAUUGGAGAUAUUACUAAAUAGAUAUGAAAGGCAAAUGUUACAUGUAAAAAAUGUCAGAAUACACAUUUCAAUUACCCUCUCUUUUAAGUAAUUGCUGAUGCCAAGUUUUAUUUCCUUCAUCCCCAGUAAUACAAGAUGCAUCAAAUGCAUCAAUGACAAACAUAAGGUUAAGGAGGUUCAUUGACAUUUGGCCAGUUAAGGCUGUUCUUUGUCUUCUUAAGAUGAAUAGUCAUUUUAUCAUUUGUGGGAGCUAGAGUGAUACCUUCUGAGAAGAUGGAUUAAUCCUUGUUGACGGCUGUAAAGAUAUUGUUGUAUUUAUCACAUGAUACAUGUGUAUGCUUUGUCGUUUUCUGUGCUCAUUAUUUUUUGGAUAUGGACUAAAUGCUUGACUUUCUUAUCAGUGUUUUUUUUAUAAAAUGGUUAAUUUACAAACACCUUGUAAUUUGAUUUAGAUGGUUGCUGUUUGUAAUACAUUUUGAUACAUAUCAAUUUUUAUUGGUGUCUUUGUUCAUGCACUAAGGCUAUACCUGUGAAGAUUUUGGGAUUAAUUUGAAAACUCUUUUAUUAAAAAUUUACCUGAAUAACAUCUCACAUAAAUUUGUUAA